AUGAUGUCUCCUUGCUGCUUAGGUAUGUCGACAUCUGAGAAGAAAGUGGAAAUCGUCGAUAUGGCGACGACUGAUAACAAAGUGGGAAUCGUCGAUAGAGGUCACAUGGAGGAGGAGAAGAAAAAAGAAGAAGGGAACGGUGGAUUCCUCGACAAGGUGAAAGGUUUCAUUCACGACAUUGGUGAGAAAAUCGAGGAGACCAUUGGGUUCGGGAAGCCAACUGCUGAUGUCUCUGCCAUACACAUCCCCAAGAUCAACCUCGAGAGGGCAGACAUUGUUGUAGAUGUGCUCGUGAAGAACCCGAAUCCAGUUCCCAUCCCUCUGAUCGAUAUUGACUACCUGAUCGAGAGCGAUGGGAGGAAACUGGUUUCUGGAUUGAUCCCUGAUGCUGGAACCAUCAAGGCACAUGGAGAAGAAACUGUGAAGAUACCAUUGACUUUGAUCUACGAUGACAUCAAGAGCACUUACAACGACAUUAACCCCGGGAUGAUCAUACCUUACAGGAUCAAGGUUGAUCUGAUUGUGGACGUCCCGGUCUUGGGAAGACUGACAUUGCCAAUGGAGAAACGUGGAGAGAUCCCUAUCCCAAAGAAACCAGAUGUUGAUAUCGAGAAGAUUCAGUUCCAGAAGUUUUCUUUGGAAGAAACGGUGGCGAUUCUCCACGUGAGGCUCGAAAACCUGAAUGAUUUCGACUUGGGGCUUAACGACUUGGACUGUGAAGUUUGGUUGUCUGAUGUAAGCAUUGGGAAAGCAGAGAUAUCGGACUCGAUCAAGCUUGAUAAAAACGGAAGCGGUUUGGUUAAUGUGCCCAUCACAUUCCGACCAAAGGACUUUGGUUCUGCGCUUUGGGAUAUGAUCCGUGGUAAAGGAACUGGGUACACUAUCAAAGGUAAUGUCGAUGUUGAUACACCAUUUGGAGCUAUGAAGCUUCCUAUUAUCAAGGAAGGUGGCGAGACCCGUCUGAAGAAGCAAGACGAUGAUGACGAUGAGGUGCUGCAGGGUGUUAAUGUUGUUGAAUGUUUGAUUGAUAGAGCUCGAGCUGCUUCUUCUUCUCUAUUCAGAGGCGUUAUUCGUCCAGCAUUUCGCAAUUUCUCCACUGGUUUUGCUGAUGCACAGAACAAAACAUUGGUGGCACAAAUGAAAGAAGAGAUGCUCCACAUGGACAUCAACGAAAUGAUAGGAAGCUCGAUGCCGCUAGGUAUGAUGCGCAUAGGAACAAUCAUCCACAACGUCGAGAUGAACCCAGGGCAAGGCGCGAAGAUGGUCAGAGCCGCAGGAACAAACGCCAAGAUCCUUAAGGUGCCUGGUACAGGGAAGUGCUUGAUAAAGCUGCCAUCAGGGGACACCAGGUGGAUCAAUGCCAGGUGCAAGGCUACCAUUGGCACGGUGUCGAACCCGUCUCAUGGAAUGAAGAAGCUGAGGAAAGCAGGACAGAGUAGGUGGUUGGGGAUAAGACCAAAAGUCAGAGGAGUGGCGAUGAAUCCGUGUGAUCAUCCACACGGUGGUGGUGAAGGGAAAAGCAAAAGUAGUGGAAGCCGAGGAAGGACAUCUGUUAGCCCGUGGGGGAAACCGUGCAAAGGCGGUUACAAAUCCGCCAGUGUCAAGAAGAAGAAGAAGCGAUUGGCUGCUAAAGAAGCCAAGAUGUGA